GUAUGUGGAAAUGCCUAAAGUGAUAUCUAAGAGCGUAGUUUGCGAAGAUAGCAGAGACAAAGAAGAAUAUGACACAGGUCAAGGACCUCUGUGUGUAUACUACUGUCUCUGUGGUCAGAUGGCUCUCAUAAUAGAUUGUACAAUCGAUCAUCUGCCUCUUAGAAAGACUGAUGGCGCUCGAGUGUUAGACAAAUCCAAGAGAUCGUGUAAGAUUACCACGGACUAUGAUACAACAGUGUAUUUGAGAAGAGAGAAAGGAGUCGAACGUCAAGUCCGACAAAAGUGUACAAACUGUGGGCUACGUUUGUUUUACCAAUCAUCCACGGAAAGUGAAGUAACCUUCAUUGUUGAUGGUGCUCUGUUUAUUGGUGGUGAUGGAAGUAGCAAAAAGGCUGUUGUAAAGCAAGCAAAACCAGAAAAAAGAAAAGUUACGCUGACGAAGAGAACAAAAGAUUUUGGAAAAUAUGGGUCUGUUACUGUGUCUACAAUAGACGAAGAAGAAGAAGAAAUUGAAGCUAGAGAGAUUGCUACUUCAUUUGCUACUAAUGCCAAAGUAAUCAAUGAUCGACUUCAAAAGCAGACCAAGCGGAGAGGAGACAGAGAAGAUGGUGAUAGCACAAGGAAACGACAGAAGGGAACACUGAUUGAUAACAAUAUGUAGGAAGGUGAUACAGUGGUUAUUUUUGAAUUAUCUUUCAUUAGAUAUUAGCAUUAUAAUUAUAUGAUAGUUAUGUUGUCAGCAAAUAAUGUAGAUGACAAAACCAUGAGUUUCUUA